GUUUUAAGAGCCUCGCGGCGACUCGUAGCCAGGCUGAUUCCCAGCAACACCAAAGCAGCGGGUGAAGACCUGCCCAGACAAGGAGGAGGCCGGAGCCUCGCAGGCCCGAGACGCGGCUAUGGCAGCUCAGUCGCCCCAGCUCGCUGCCCCGCGGAGCCGCUUCGUUGUGGUGGGAGGUGGGAUCGCCGGAGUGACGUGCGCCGAGCGGCUGGCUACAGAGUUUCCUUCUGAUGAUAUUUUAUUAGUCACAUCAUCUCCUCUUAUAAAAGCAGUAACGAACUUCAAGCAGGUUUCCAGGACUUUAGAAGAAUUUGACGUUGAAGAACAAGCAAGCAACAUCUUAGAAAAACGCUACCCUAACAUUAAGGUUAUUCAGUCUGGAGUAAAACAGCUGAAGAGUGAAGAACAUAAAAUAAUCACAGAAGCCGGUCAGGAGUACAUCUACGAAAAACUUUGUCUGUGUGCUGGAGCAAGGCCAAAGCUGAUUACUGAAGGAAACCCCUUCGUGUUGGGAAUCCGCGAUACAGACAGCGCAGCGGAAUUUCAGAAACAUCUGGCAAGAGCGAAAAGAAUAACCAUUGUGGGAAAUGGCGGCAUUGCCCUGGAAUUAGUGUACGAAAUCGAAGGUUGCGAAGUCAUCUGGGCCAUCAAAGACAAAGCGAUUGGGAAUACCUUCUUUGAUGCAGGAGCAGCUGAAUUCCUAAUCCCAAAGCUGAGUGCCGUGAAACCGGAGCCUCGGAUCGCUUGUAAAAGAACAAAAUAUACGGCGGCAGGUGGAGUACCCGGAAGUAAGAUAGAACAAAGUGCUGCAGCAAACCCAGGGGAAAUCGGCAGCGCCUUAGGCCCUGACUGGCACGAAGGCUUAUGUUUUAAGGGAGCAAAAGAGCUGUCCCACAAAGUUCACAUUGAAAGCCUGUGCGAGGUGAAGAAGAUCUAUCUCCAGGAAGAGUUCCAGCAGUCAGAGAAGGUGUCUCUGGCUUUCCCCAGAGUUCAGCUGGACGAGAGGAAUGCAGAAAUGGAUGAAGAGAGGUGGCCGGUGUAUGUUGAGUUGACCAGUGGGAAGAUAUAUGGCUGCGACUUCAUUGUCAGUGCAACCGGAGUCAUUCCAAAUGUCCAGCCAUUCCUUGACGGUAAUAAUUUUGUUCUAGGUAAAGAUGGGGGUCUGUCAGUGGACAAAUACAUGCACACUUCUCUACCAGAUAUCUAUGCGGCAGGAGAUAUCUGCACUACGUCAUGGGAGCCUAGUCCAGUUUGGCAGCAGAUGAGGCUUUGGACCCAGGCUAGGCAGAUGGGGUGGUAUGCUGCAAAAUGUAUGGCUGCUGAUACUUUAGGGGAACCUACAGACAUGGACUUUUGCUUUGAACUCUUUGCUCAUGUGACAAAGUUUUUCAAUUACAAGGUGGUGUUGCUGGGAAAGUACAACGCGCAAGGGUUGGGCUCAGACCAUGAACUGAUGCUGAGGUGCACUAAAGGCCAGGAGUUCGUCAAAGUCGUGAUGCAGAAUGGGCGCAUGCUGGGAGCAGUAUUGAUUGGAGAAACAGACCUAGAAGAAACCUUUGAAAACCUGAUUCUCAACCAAAUGGAUCUGUCACGCUAUGGGGAAGAUCUUUUGGAUCCAAGGAUAGACAUAGAGGAUUACUUUGACUGAACAUAAAAAAGUGUCUGUGACUACUUUUUUAAAAAUAGAAUAAGAGAUAAGGUUCCCCUAGGCCAGGCAUCCCCAAAUUGCGGCCCUCCAGGUGUUUUGGCCUACAACUCCCAUGAUCCCUAGCUAACAGGACCAGUGGUCAGGGAUGAUGGGAAUUGUAGUCCAAAACAUCUGGAGGGCCAAAGUUUGGGGGUGCCUGCAGCCUAGGCCGACUACACACAUAAGGAUAGAUGGUUGCAAUUACCUAAUAAACCAUGGUUGUGGGUGCUGUCAGGCUCUGCUGCUAAACAUGGUCUACCAACAUUCAAGCACUGUAAAGCGCACUGAACUGUGGGGAAGUGUAUUCUGGCAUUAUCUAGUACAGACUUAAGAGGAGGCACCGUAAAGUUCAACCUGAUAAGGUUAAGCCACCUCUUGUGUAAUAUAUAAGGUUCAGCGGGGCUUACAUAUUGAAUAAUUUGUAUUUUUCUUGCAUCAUGCAAAGCAGCUUACAUAAACAGAUGUAAAAUAAAAGAUUCAAUUAUUUGCAGUUUAAAAAUUAUAGGCAUAAUUUAGCCAAA